UGAUCCGCCAAUAAAACCAGCGAAGAAGAAGAAGCAGAGCGGAUGUACUACCCGGAGCCUUUUCGGUGACGCACAGUGAGUCCGCCAUGUAGGACAGAGAACAUCAGAUUCACACGGAAGACAAAGUGUUUGGUGUUUAAACUUCCUCUGAGUUUGAUUUAAAAUCUAAAGUGUUUUUAUAAACAUGCAUAAAGAGUCUGAGGACACAUCCAGCUGAGUCUGAGACUCCUCCGGGGAAUCAUGGAGGCGAAGUUCGGCAGCGAAGUGGCCUCGAUCGUGGAAGUCGCCUUCCGAGCCACCGUGUCUGUCUUCAGGGAUGUGUCCGAGAAAGAGGCGCCAAACUCGGGCUGGGAGGAGGAGGAGAAGUUGGGGGAAGUUCAGCAGAUAGAGAAGAGUCUGAUCCUGCAGAUCCACAGGGUGUUCACAGAGUUCUCCUCCGAGCUGUUCGAGGAGAAUGAAGCUCUGCGGGCCAAAGUGGAGCAGCUGGAGGACGUGCUGCAGAGGAAAGCCGGUCAGCUGGAGCAGGAGCUGCAGGCCAGGGUGGGUCAGCUGGGCAAGGAGAUGGAGCAGCUGGAGCAGGAGCUGAAGAGCUUCAGUGGAGGCAGUGGUCAGACUCAGGGGGGCCAGACCCACAUCCUGCUGCAGGAUGGAUCUCUGAUGGUUACACCUGGAGAGUCCAUCCCUGCAAGUCCUGCUGACCCCCUGGUUGCUGCAGAUGAGUCCACCUCAUACCCUCCUCUGUUUCCUGCAGAAAGCGAUGAAUUGGAUUCAGUGACUUUCCCCAAACCUGAGACGUCCCCGAUGAUGUUCAUUGGGAGGGUGAGCUCGGCUCCCUCAGCGCUGAUCGACAGCCAAGCCGUCGAUCAGCCGCCCGCUCCAUCGACCAUCGCCUCGCCAGGUUCCACCCCUCAAGACGUCCCGAGUCCAGAGUCCAACAGUGCGGUCGACUCGGCUCAAGAGAAGAGAUCUGUUGAAGAGGCUCCAUCAGGGAGGUCGAGGAGAACCAGGAGGCCGACGACUAAAAUGUUAGAAGCUUCCAUGGAGAGCCUGACUGAAGAGAGUAAAACCAGAUCCGGUGACACUCCGGGAAGAAGGCUGACAAAGAGUGAGACAGUGAAGCGGUUCCCCUGUGAGCUUUGUAAUGCCAGCUUUCAUUGGAAGGGGGAUUUGAAGAAACACAUGAAGGUUCAUAAGGAACAGUUUCCUUGUGAGCAGUGUGGAAAGAACUUCCUCGAAAAGAAGUCUCUGGAAACUCACCUUCUGCGUCAUGAGACCAAAAAAACCCCUCUCCCCUUCCCCUGUCCCCAAUGUAAGAGGUCGUACCGCAAAGAACAGUCUCUGCAGAACCACCUGCAGCGUCACCAGAAACUGAACCCACCCAAACCGUUCGCCUGCGAUCAGUGCGGGAAGACAUUCAGGGUGAAACAGUCUCUGGAAAACCACCUGCAGCGCCACGAGAAGUGGAAGCAAAUGCUGAAGUGUAAUCUGUGUGACAAGACCUUCAAGACGCCGGUGCAUCUGAGGUGUCACAAAGCCGUUCACUCUGAAGACCGGCCGUUCAGCUGUGCCACGUGUGGGAAAGAGUUCAAGAGUAAAGACACCCUACGCUUCCAUCAGAUGGUUCACACAAACUCUAAGAAGUACAAGUGCUCCAUGUGUGAGGAGUCGUUCAAAUACGCCCACUCUCUGACCGUGCACAAGAGGAAACACACGGGCGUCUCUCCCUUCACGUGUACCAUCUGUAACAGGUCCUACAGGACCGGCACGGCUCUGAAGAGACACAGCCUGGUCCACACCGGGGAGAAACCCUUCACCUGUCACAUAUGUGGAGCCCGGUUCAGCCUGAAUAACAACCUGAAGAGGCACCUUCGUCUUCACACGGGGGAGAAGCCGUUCACCUGUCAGGAGUGUGGGAAGAGCUUCUCAGACAACACAAAGCUCAAGUCUCACAUGCUCAUCCACGGCGCCAGGAAACCCUUCAUGUGUGAUCUCUGCGGGAAGACCUUCCUCUUCAACUGCAGGCUGCUCAUCCAUCAGAAGUACGUGCACGCCGACAGGAACGAGGAAGACGACAGCACAGACGGCGUGGUGCAGAACCGAAAGAGAAACAAGUCUCUGGUGAAACCGUUCAGCUGUAAGAUCUGCCUGAAAGGUUUCAGCGCUGCAUGCUCGCUCAAACUCCAUGAGAGAGGUCACAGUGAGCACAAGGAGUUCAACUGUGGCAUCUGUGGGAAGUCUUUCCACAACAAGUACUCCUUCAGCUAUCACCAGAGGAGCCACUCGGGGGAGAAGCCUUUCGUCUGCGACGUCUGCGGGAAGAGGUUCUUCCACGCCGGCAGUCUGAAGCAGCACGAGCGGAUCCACACGGGGGAAAAACCGUACAAGUGUGACCAGUGCGGCAAAGCCUUCAGAACAGACGGGAACUUCUACAGACACAUGAGGAUCCACACGGGAGAGAAGCCCUUUGAAUGUUUGUACUGUCACAGGAAGUUCCACCAGUCUAACCAGCUCAAGUCUCACCUGCAGGUCCACACCGGACAGAAGCUGUACUCCUGUCAGCAGUGUGGACGCGGAUACUCCGACUCACGGCAGCUGAAGAAGCACAGCUGUGACGGCUCGUAGCCCACGUGAUGAUGCACGGUCCACCAGAGCACUUCAACGGAUUGAAUUAAUAUAUGAAACAGUGGGGUGUGGUGUUGAACAACUUAAAAGUUCUGAUUCAUUAGCUGUGGGUCAGAGAUGCUACGUCAGCUCUAAUAAUGAACACACUCCAGUUUUAGAUGAAUGUCAGUUGUUGCAAACACUUUGUAAAUUGCAAAACAUCUGAAAAAGAGGCCAAACUUCUAUUUUGGUUGUUGGUCAGUAGAGGAGAUCUAAAAUGUAUGACCUCUAGUAACCCUCCCCAUCAUUGCAGCUGAUAUGUUGGAGUACUGAGUGAUUAAUAUCAUGAUGAUCUGUAAAAGAAGGCGCUGCUCCAAUCUUGUACACAGAGUGAAAGUUAAGGAUCAAAGGUAAUUUACAGUUUAGUCUUUCUUUUCUAAAAGCUGCUUUGUGAUUCAGUUUAAUUGAAUAGAGGCUCAUUAAAAUGUAUUUUCUGAAGGUAAAAUAUAAAUAGUGACAUGCUUUCUAUUUCAGUGUCCUGUGUGAUAUGGCGUUGUUUAUAUUUUCUCAGUUUGUUGCAAUAAAAAAAAAAAAACAUUCGCAA